AUGGCGGCGAUAGAGGAGACCAGCACUAGUACAGAUGAGGAGAAGAGACUGGGGCUGCCCGUUGUGAUGCCUGUGUUCGACAGAAACACCUGCAGCAUUCCCAAAUCUCAGAUCUCUUUUAUCAACUACUUCAUCACCGACAUGUUUGAUGCUUGGGACGCUUUUGCAAAUCUGCCUGGCCUCAUGGAGCAUCUGUCGGAUAACUACAAAUACUGGAAAACUUUGGACGAGAUGAAGUGCAAAAGUCUACGCCCUCCUCCCUCGUCAUGA